AUGCGGACGCCAUGCACUCACUACUCGCUUUACCAGAGAUUUUUCAACACGUGCCUUAGAGAAUGGUAUUUUCAGCGGGAUGGCGGUGCUGGAUUCUACUAUGCGAACCCACCUGGGUUACUCUUCACGCCUCUGAGGACCUCCAGGCUGCAAAAGGACACCUUUUCAGCUCCUAUGUCACACUGGUACUUUAAAUUACCCCUAGAUGGUGAUAGAUUCAAUCGGACGUCACCGCUUAAGUCUGAUGUGUUCGGUUCUUCAAGUGUCCUUCAGGAGCCAAAUGCGGUUGAAAGCAUUUUGCAUAUUGGCUACGAUCUGUGGUACUCGAAGGUUUUGGGGGCCCAUGUAUCAAAGUAUACUGAUGUGUACCAUGUCUCAUUUUGCAAUUAUUACGACGUAGCUUUCAACACGUUGUACAACGUGGGCAGAAACCUCUCUGUAUCUCCAGAAGACUUCGAUACAUUCCAAAACUUCAGGCUACUCACCGGUAACAUUUUCAACAUGCACUCGAUUCUCACGGAACCGUUUUUCAAGUGCGUCAUACUUUCGGUGAGCAUUCAGAAGUGA